GCCAUCCUAUGCCCCACCUCCCACCCCAGCUCCUGCAACCCCAGUUCCAGGUGCUGCAGUCAACAAAAUCCAAGUAAUUCUCAAAACUGCAGUACUGUACCCGAAAUAAAAAUUCUCCAUGUGAUGCAAGGUAGCUCCUGGUAACAUUUAAAUCCUGUCUUGCAGAAAUAAAGAAUUAAGCAGACGGAGAUUACAAUUGUCACCUGGUUUUAUUGAAGAGAUGUAGUUCAACAUACUCAAAACUUGUUGUUAUGGUAAUACAAAAAAGAAAAAAAAAAAAAACAAACCAAAAAACCUGUUGUAAAACAGUGCCUUAUGAAGCAGUGAAUGUGUGUGUUAUGAGCCCAGGUAUACAGAGGAACACAUCAGACUGAGUUAAAAAGCUUGGCAAUAAAAUCUCUAUUGAAGACUGACUGUUAAAGGAUAAUUUUCCUCUGCACUUGUAUGUUUAGAAAGAAACUCCUGCAGUGUGUCUGCAUUGACCUGAAACCUUCCUAGUUACUGUAGUCAGUUCUUAGGACACUUCUGUUCAGUAUUUGUAUGUGUCAUACUUUGGUUCUUCGAGCCCUGAACCUAUUUGUCAAAUUUUUAUAACUGUAAUCUGGAACAGGCCCAGUCAGCAAAUCCCUGUCUAAGACUUCUAGGAACAAUUAUGCUGCAGAGUGGGGCACUGUGGGAAUGACAUUUAAAUGUCCAGAAACACUACAUGCUCUUGUGAAUCCUAAUGGAAUCAUAGAACCACCACAGUCAGGACUUAAAUUAUCAUUAAAUAGCUGAUCUGUUUUCUGACAAAAUCUGAUUGGGAAAGGGGGGAUAAUGGAAAGGAAUUUUUUUUUUUUGAGGAGGGAAUACAGGGAACCUGGUGUCCAUUGCUAAGUGAGAAGGGAAUGUAAAGGAACAAAUUUUUUUUUUUGCUGUGUGACUGAGGUGAGAGCAAAUCAAUCCACUUCCAUGAAUGAAUGAAGAUGUAUUGAUUAACUUCUGAAUUGUCUUGGAUUUGGUGAUGUGCUCAGACCAGUUUAAGGUUUUUAACUUACAGGUCGUACUGCAGAUGUGGAGUUCCUCAGCUCUGUCAGUCUACAGCCUGCCUUAUAAACAGUGGGAUGUCUCUGGGAAUUGUCUUCAGCCAUUGGCAGUGGAGCACAAAUGGUGCUUUGAGAGAUUUCCUCCCCUGCCCUGUUUGUUGGGAAGGCAGAAUUCUGGGACGAAAAGCAGGCAGGAAUUUUCAUUGGUGUAAUAAAUGUGUGUACUGGGAAUUUCUGCCCCAUCACUGGGUGCUGUGUUGCCCUGUAACUUUCACCCCUGGGAGACAAGAAUCUUCUGUAUUCCUUGGUGGCUUAUGUUGGAAAACUUUAUUAGCCAUGAACUGAAUUUACAGAAUACUUGUUUCAAUGAGUUGCACAGUUAAUAGAAAUAAAAUCACCAAUUUCAGACAGAAAUUUGUAGUGACACAUUUGCUGUCAAGUCCUGAUUCCUUACUAGGUUUAUACUGGAGUAAGUUGUGUGUGUUGAGAAGACACCAACUGCUACACCUCAUUGCUUGUUUGAAUUCUGGUUGCUUUUGCAUGCCAUAUUGCAGUUCAUUUUCAUUUCUGUGUUUUCCUCGUUUGAGCUCAUUUCUCAUUCGUGUUUUUGUCUCAUUUGUUUCCAUCAGCAAAUGCCCAGCACCCCAGGGUUUGUGGGAUACAAUCCAUACAGCCAUCUGGCCUACAACAACUACAGGCUGGGAGGGAACCCGGGCACCAACAGCCGGGUCACGGCUUCCUCUGGUAUUACCAUUCCAAAGCCCCCCAAACCCCCAGACAAGCCCCUGAUGCCCUACAUGAGGUACAGCCGGAAGGUCUGGGACCAAGUGAAGGCGUCCAAUCCUGAUUUGAAGUUAUGGGAAAUUGGCAAGAUUAUUGGAGGAAUGUGGCGAGAUCUCACUGAUGAAGAGAAGCAAGAGUAUUUGAAUGAAUAUGAAGCUGAAAAGAUCGAGUACAACGAGUCCAUGAAGGCCUACCACAACUCCCCUGCCUACCUGGCCUACAUCAACGCCAAGAGCCGCGCCGAGGCGGCGCUGGAAGAGGAGAGCCGGCAGCGGCAGUCGCGCAUGGAGAAGGGGGAGCCCUACAUGAGCAUCCAGCCCGCAGAGGAUCCUGAUGAUUACGACGAUGGCUUCUCCAUGAAGCACACGGCCACGGCUCGGUUCCAGAGGAACCACCGGCUCAUCAGCGAGAUCCUGAGCGAGAGCGUGGUGCCUGACGUCCGCUCUGUGGUCACCACAGCCAGAAUGCAAGUCCUGAAACGCCAGGUUCAGUCUCUAAUGGUUCACCAGCGUAAGCUCGAAGCUGAGCUGCUGCAAAUUGAGGAGCGUCACCAGGAAAAGAAGAGGAAGUUUUUGGAAAGCACAGAAUCUUUCAACAACGAGCUUAAAAGGUUAUGCAGUUUGAAGGUGGAAGUGGAUAUGGAAAAAAUUGCAGCUGAAAUUGCUCAAGCUGAGGAACAGGCUCGCAAGAGACAGGAGGAAAGGGAAAAGGAAGCAGCUGAGCAAGCUGAGCGUAGUCAGAACAGCCUGGCAGCCGAGGAGGAGCAGGCAGCCAGCAAGGGGGAGGAGAAGAAGGAAGAGGAGAGCACUCCAAUGGAGACAGAGGAGCCUCACCCAGAAGAGAGCACAGAGAACCAGCAGAACGGUGAAGAAGGAACCUCCACCCCAGAGGACAAGGAGAGUGGGCAGGAAGGGGUGGACAGCACAGCUGAGGAGGGAACCAGCGACAGCAACACAGGCUCAGAGAGCAACAGCGCGACCGUGGAGGAGCCGCCCGCAGACCCCAGUGCUGAGGAGGGCGAGAAGAAAGAAUAAUCACUGACUCAGUUCCUGUGUCUCUGUAAUGAAGUACUGUUUGAUUUCAGAACGUGCUCUGCGGCUGUUGUACCUUCCCUGCCUCUGUCACUUGUCUCUAAAGGAUACCGGGGCUUAAUGACACGUCAGGUUAUCAACGUAGCAAUGUGAAGGGGCCUGUAGGGGCACAGGGUGUCCUGCAGCAGGCAGAAAAGGAGCCUCAUGAGUCUAAACACAGCUAUUGCCAUGUGGAGAGGUUGUUUAUAUCACUUGUAAUCCUUCCCUAGAAAGACACCACUGGUUUUGGUUUCUAUAUGAGAAAUCAGGCCUUCCCCCUUUCUUCUGAUGCCAUAGACCCAGUGGCACAUUUCCCCAGAGGCCCUUCCUGCCCCUUUGUGGCAGCAGUGAGGUGCAGGUGUCUCACCUGUGCAGCAGUCCUGGCCUGACUGCACGAGGGACCUGCUCCUGGCAGUGGCACUGGCUUUCCUGGAGAGGCUGCAAUGUGGCUGAAGCAUUCAGACCUGUUCUUACUGUGGAGCAAAGACCUGAUGCCUGCCCAGGGUGUCCCCUGGAGCCUCUCCUUACCUAACAACCCCAGAAGUCCCCUAUAUCCCACAACUACUGCGCUGCAUGUCAACAAGGGCAAUUUCUGCUGCAGCUGCCCCAGUCUGUGCUUUUAAAGAAAGCUCUCAGUCCUCAGGAGCAGCUCCAGAGUGAAGCUGAAAGUCUGGGGUUUAGGGGUUUUUUGGUGUAACUUGUUUUUCUAGAGUAGCUGCUCUGCAGUGGUGGAAACUUGCUCAUGGUUUGUGUGUGGCAUGUCAGGAGAUCCAGUUCCAAAGGGCUCAGUGUAGUUUUGCCCGAAAUGACACAUCAUGAGGGAUUUUUUUUUUUCUGUGGUGCAGAAUUCUUUAUAACAAGCUUUGGCUUUUCUUUUCCAAUUAACUCCUUUAUUUGCUACCAAGAGCCCCUGGUGUGGCCUCAGCCAGAGACCUGGCACAAAGCAGAGCAGGAGAGUGUUUAGACACGCACAUGUUCUCUGAGCAGACAGUCACUGAUAUGGCACAAAUGGUAAAAAAAUAGUAGUUUUGCUUGUCAUGAGCUUUCAGAACCUCUGGAGACUCUACAAAUGUACUGAAAAGGCCAUGAUUUGCCCUAUAUAAGCAAAAGCCCACAAAUAAAUACACUGAAUUGCAGCAACAGCCAUGGGCCACUUCUUGACUUUACAACUGAGGGAACACAUAAUGUUUCAAUGAACCAAUGUGUAUUUGCAGAGCAGUGGGUCUGUCAGAUGAUGUUUUUUAAAUCUUUUUUUUUUAAUGGUCUAAAAAUAAUAAAAUUCAACAUGUUUGGUUUUUUUUAAACUCACAGUGGUCUGUUCUUGUGUUUUAAGGUAGUGCCAGUGUUUGGUUCACAGCUUUCAUCAGCUGUUCUCCAUCUCAAGCCAGAGGAAAAUGAGCACACAGGAUUUU